AUGACAUGGUGCCAAACAGACAACCAAUCUGCUAUAUUGAAGAAGCAUGCCUUGCGGGGAUUGAAUCAACUUGUCGCUGCCAAAUUACGGAGUUGGAAAGGUGCUAAAAAAACUUUCUCGAAGUCAUCGAAGUCUCAAGAACUACAAGCCAUGCACCGCCUUCCAAGCACCUCAACGAUCGACCUCGCCGUAACCAACUGCGCGACAAAGCUCAUUAAGUGCCACCUCUACCAUGAGAACUAUGGCUCGGACCAUCGCGCUGCUUACUCCGAGUGGUCUCUCCAGCCGUCGAACUAUAAUGGUAAAGAGGGUAGCGGUAAUUUCUUCUAUACGGUCAAUAGAUAA